AAUCGAUGCAAAGUAAGACAGUUGUCUUCGUUUUGUCUACCUAACUGCUGGCGAUUAAAUGCCAAUACUGCUGUUUUUCCUUUUUAAUUCUUUUGACAAUGAUACAUAGUUUGUUUAUUAUAAAUCCUUCGGGCGAUGUCUUUAUGGAAAAGCAUUGGAAAAGUGUUAUUCAUCGAUCUGUGUGUGAUUAUUUCUUUGAUGCACAGAGAAAAGCUUCAUCUCCAGAUGAUAUCCAACCCAUCAUAGCCACUCCACAUCAUUACCUCAUCAGUAUAUAUAGGCGAAAUUUAUUCUUUGUUGCUGUAACUACUUCGGAAGUAUCUCCACUUUUUGUGAUAGAAUUUCUUCACAGAGUAGUGGAUACCUUUGAUGAUUAUUUUGGAGACUGUACCGAAUCUUUGAUAAAGGAACAUUAUGUGAUGGUAUAUGAGUUAUUAGAUGAAAUGCUUGACAAUGGAUUUCCAUUGGCAACAGAGUCAAAUAUAUUGAAAGAAAUGAUAAAGCCUCCAAACAUUCUACGUACCAUAGCCAACACAGUGACAGGACGAUCAAACAUCAGCAAUACAUUACCAACAGGACAGCUUUCUAGCAUACCUUGGCGAAGAACAGGUGUUAAAUAUACAAAUAAUGAAGCUUAUUUUGAUAUUAUUGAAGAAGUUGAUGCAAUAAUUGAUAAAAGUGGUUCUGUAAUUUCUGCUGAAAUACAAGGCUGUAUUGACUGUUGCAUAAAAUUGAGUGGAAUGCCAGACCUUAGUUUAUCAUUUGUUAAUCCUAGAGUGUUUGAUGAUGUGAGUUUUCAUCCCUGUGUCAGAUUUCGUCGCUGGGAAUCAGAAAGGAUUUUGUCAUUCGUUCCACCAGAUGGCAAUUUUCGUUUGAUGUCUUACCACAUUGGAUCACAGAACAUGGUAGCCAUACCUCUCUAUGUAAGACAUCAUGUUUCAUUUAAAGAAGUUGGUGGAGGAAGAAUGGAUAUCACUGUUGGACCUAAGCAAACAAUGGGGAAAACGGUAGAAAAUGUCAUAGUGGAAAUACCAAUGCCAAAAUCAGUUUUGAAUAUGACUUUAAAUCCCAGUCAAGGCAAAUACACUUUUGAUCCUGUUAGUAAAGUGAUGAUUUGGGAUAUAGGACGAAUAGAACCUGGUAGAAUGCCUAAUAUAAGAGGCUCCAUAGCUUUACAAAGUGGAUUUUGUGCUCCAGAAUGCAAUCCCACUAUUGCUAUUAAAUUUACAAUUAAUCAGCUUGCUGUGUCUGGUUUGAAAGUUAAUCGUCUAGAUAUGUAUGGAGAGGUAAGAAUUUUC